AUGUCAAUGAAAGAAGAAGUACCAAGAGACCACCACAAUAUUGCUUCGCUCAUCUAUGUGGAUCGCAACAUCAGAUGCCACAGCACAAAUGAUGACGACAGGCUCAAUAAAGAUGUGAAAUUCGGUGUGCUCCGAAUCUUCUGGGGAGAAAUGGAGUUACCGUUCACUGAAGAAAUCGAGCUUCGAGCCGUCAAACGUUCUGUGGAGAUGAAGACGUUUAUGAGUUGGGAGAUUCGAUUGGGAUCAUCGGACGACCAGAAAGUAUUCGUCUCGAUUCCAGCUCAUUUCAUUUGGAGAAUGCUGAGAACGAAAAGAGAAGAACUAAAACUGUAUCCUGCCACAUUUAUGUUCCAACUAGCACAGGAAGGAAUUGAACAUUUGAAAACUUCAAUUCCUGAUUUAUAUGAAUCAGUAAAAAAGUACCACAAGGAACGGAGCAAACCUCUCCCAGAACUCCUUUUUGUGGUAUUGGAUCCAGCAAACAUUCAAUUCUUCGAAUUGGGUCUUCUGUUGUACAGGUACCCGUACGAAGCUCUAAUCAAGCAAUUCCAAAAAGUGUUUGAAAAGCACUGGGCAGAUCACAACAAAUGGUGCAUGACCCGUUAUCCAGAUCCAAGGGUUGUCUACGGUCCAAUUGAGGAAGUAUCGGGAGAAGACUUCUCCCAACUCACAAAACGAUUUGGACUCCGAAAUUACGAUACAAAGGAAUCAGCUGAUGGGAUAAGGUACAAUGUUCGAACUUAUCUACCGAGAAAAGAAGCACCAAAAAAGUAUAGGAAAGGAUGGCAUAUGAAGAAGCCGAUAAAUGAGACAAACGAUGGAGGUGUUGAGAAAAGAGAAGAAGACGCAGAGGACGAUCAGGAAGAGUUUGUGGAAAAUCGAGAGAUGUCAUUCGACAAAAAAAUCAUUUAUCCGGAGAAUCUGAAUGAUUUCUUUGAAGAAAUGAGAAAGAAAAGGGAAAUGCAGAAGAAAAAGAAUAGACUGCUCAAAGAGCUGGAAGAUCGAAUCGUGAAAGAGAAAAAACCGAAAAUUGUUAAGGAAAAGAAAGAGGAUGAACCGAUCGAGGAACCAAAAGAGGAUCCGGAAGAAGAGGAUGAAGAUGAAGAAGUCGAACUCGAUGUUGAAUUGGAAAAAAAGGAAGAAGAAGAGGAGGAAGAAAUCGAAGAGGAAGAUGAAAGUUCAUUUGAAACGGAUGCCCCAUCAACGUCCACUAGGCCAGCAAGAAGCCGUCAAACAAGAAGAAGAGCUCCCGGCUCAGCUGCUCCAUCGCCUUCAUUGUCGUCGGAAAAUCGACCAAGACGUCAGAGAAAUGAGCCAACUGAAAUCUACAAAGCAACUCCAAUCAGAACCUACAAACGUCGUUGA